CAUAUUUUACCAUCUCGAAAAUUGUCAGCACCCACUCUACUCUUUGGCAGUAUUCAAAACAGUAAGUUCCCGUUCAAUAAAGUCCAUUCCUCACCACAUUAAGCGAAGGGACUGUUUGAAAACUCCGCUCCGUGUUUUCUCGGUAUCCCCUGAACUCCAACCCUGGCUCUCUCUGUCAGCUUCUCAUUCCGUCUCAAUAUGCCUCAAGAUGGCGGCCAAUGCGGGAUCAAUGUUUCAAUAUUGGAAGCGCUUUGAUUUACAACGACUGCAGAGAGAACUAGACGCCACCGCCACACAGCUCGCCAACAGACAGGAUGAGAGCGAACAGUCCAGGAAGAAACUCAUCGACCAGAGCCGCGACUUCAAGAAGAGCACGCCAGAGGAUGUCAGAAAGCAAGUGGCUCCUCUGCUCAAGAGCUUCCAGGGAGAGAUCGAUGCCUUGAGCAAAAGAAGUAAAGAAGCAGAAGGUUCCUUCUUGAACAUCUACAAGACAUUAAUAGAUGUUCCAGACCCCGUCCCUGUGCUGGAGUUGGGUCAGCAGUUACAGCUGAAGCUCCAGCAGAUGCACGACAUCGAGACAGAGAACCUCAAACUCAGAGAGACUCUAGAGGACUACAACAAAGAGUUUACUAAGGUCAAGAACCAGGAGGUGACUAUUAAAGCCCUGAAGGAGAAGAUCCGGGACUAUGAGCAGUCCCUGAAGAACCAGGCUGAGAACCUGGUCCAGAAGAAACAGGUCCAGCUCCACAAUGACUAUGCAGAGAAUGAGAGAAAGCUCCAGGAGAGCCAGGACUCCAUGUCUCCCAAGCUGGCCCAGGCCUUACAGACAGCUCUUGAAACAACUCAGGCAGAGCUCUUUGAUCUGAAGACCAAGUAUGACGAGGACUGCACAGCCAAGGCCGAUGAGAUUGAAAUGGUGAUGACCGAUCUAGAGAGAGCCAAUCAGAGGGCGGAGGCAGCACAGAGGGAGGCGGACACUCUGAGGGAGCAGCUGACCUCUUCUAACCAAUCCCUGCAGCUGACCACACAGAUCCAGACCACCCCAGAAAUGGACCAGGCGGUGGAGGCCCUGUCCCGCUCCAGUCUGGAGGCAGAGCUGGGGGCCAAGGACAGGGAGAUGGUUCAGCUGGUGGAAGAUGUUCAGAGACUGCAGGCCAGCCUGUCUGAACUCAGAGAGAGUUCCAGCACACAGAUCACACAGCUGCAACUACAGCUCAGCACCAAGACGGCCAGCCUCAAGCAGCUGGAGGGAAAGCUGCAGGAACAGGCUGACUAUGAGGAGGUGAAGAAAGAGCUGAGCAUCCUCAAGUCUAUGGAGUUUGGCCCAUCAGACAGCUCAGUGCAGGUCAUGUCUAAACCCCGAGAAGUGUUAUUGUUGGAGAAGAACCGUAGUCUGCAGUCUGAGAGUUCCUCUUUGCGCAUCGCAAACACUGAGCUGAGCGGGUCAGCCAGGCGAAAAGGGAAAGAGGAGACCACCACAUCCAGUACCCCCUCCCUGCCUCCUCCUCUUCUCCCCCCGUCCCCCCAUCUCCACCUGCCCCAGAUCCCCUCCGACCCCCCUUACACCUCCACCACCAACGGGACACACCCCUUCACCCCCACUGGCAUCGGCCAGGACUUCUACAGCCCCCACUUCCCUCCGGUGGGGGGCAAGAUGUCCCUCAACUCCCUCCUGCAGCGCCAGCUCAUGCAGACGUUCUACUCCAAAGCCCUGCAGGAAUCCACUGAGGGAGCAGCUCCACUGUUCGCCCCUGUCCACUACACCCCUACCUCCACCCCUGGCCCAGGGUCUGGUUCUAGCCCUGUACCCCUCUCGGCCAGCCCCCUGCCCACCCAGCAGUCUCCUGCAGGUCCAGAGGUGAACGGUAGUGGCGGUGCCCUGUCCCCCUCUCCCAGCCAGUCUGAGGGGACUGGGGGCAGUGUGUCUGACUGGGAGGACAUGGACACCUCAGAGAUCGCCCGACAGAUCAAGGAGCAGCUGAUUCAACACAACAUUGGCCAGCGUGUGUUUGGCCACUAUGUUCUGGGCCUGUCCCAAGGCUCGGUCAGUGAGAUCCUGGCUCGGCCAAAACCCUGGAGCAAGCUGACCAUCCGGGGCAAAGAGCCCUUCCACAAGAUGAGGCAGUUCCUGUCUGACGAGCAGAACAUCCUGGCACUACGCAGUAUCCAGGGACGACAGAGAGAGAGCCCAGGCCAGGCCUUUAGUCAGGCGCUACAGGACCUGCCCAAGCAGAGUGUCAGCUCUGACCAAGCCUCCCGGACAGGUAACAUCACCACACGUAUCCGUACUCCAGAGUGUGGUUCAGACGAGGCCAUCAAGUCUUGUUCCUGCUGUGCAGACUGCUACCAUGGUCCUUCUCCUGGUGGGGGACUGAGAGGAGGAGGCGGUGGUUCAGACGAGGCCAUCCGCUCCAUCCUAGAACAAGCUCGACGAGAGAUGGAGGCCCAACAAGCUGCUGUGGAACCCAUCCUCAAAGCCUCCUCUUCCUCUUUCUCCUCUCCCUCCCAGAGGGAUCUACUGGUCUCCCAUCUGGCUGCCUCCUUCCCUACCCCUCGGACUCUCUCCAUGAAGAAACCCCCCGCCGCCCUCCCAGUCUCCUCCUCCUCGCCGUUUACAGUCCUGGACUUCAGCUCUAGUGUGAAGAGGAGGACAGAGGAGCGUCCGUGCAGGACGGCAUGGCUGCUGGCGUGCCGGUGUUGGGUCGGAGCUCUGAGGGUCUGCCCGGCCUGCAGGGUGGUGGCUCUAGGAAGUAUGUGUGACGCAACGUCUCGUCGUAAACCCUGGAGCAAGAUGACUUCCAGAGGCCUGCGUAUGCAGCUGUGGUUGAACUGUGACCUGGGUCAGAACACACACAUCGAGCCUGCUCACAACCAAGCAGAGGGCACUCCCAGCCAGACCUCAGCCAGCUGCAGCCCUGCCCCAGAGUCCCCACUGAGCUCUGCUGAGGAGUCAUCCUACGGUUUAGGGGGACCGGGACCCUCUUGCCUCCCAGGCCCCAUCUCUGGAUCCCCAUAUGGGGGAGCCCUCAGGGGGGAGUCCCAGCCUGGCACGCCCCUCCUCGGCCCCAUCACAGGCCUCAGCAUCCAGGAGACGAUAGCCAUGUCUCCUGAGCUGGACACAUACGUCCUCACCAAGAAGGUCAAGGAGGUGCUGACUGAUAACAACCUUGGGCAGCGUCUGUUUGGGGAGAGUAUCCUGGGUCUGACCCAGGGCUCGGUGUCUGAUCUGCUGGCUCGGCCUAAGCCCUGGCAAAAGCUCAGUCUGAAGGGACGUGAGCCAUUCGUCCGCAUGCAGUUCUGGCUGCAGGACCCACAGAAAGUGGAGAAACUGAUGGACAUGAAACGCCUGGAGAAGAAAGCCUACCUGAAGAGACGCCACAGUUCGCGUGAUAGCCGUUCUGUGGACGGUGGCCUGGCAGGACCAGACUUCCUUCAGAGCGCCAGCCCCCAGCACCAGCGACGGACUCAGCUGUACCAGAAGAAGGUCCGGGUGGUUCUGGGUCCCGAGGAGAAGGAGGCUCUGAAGAGGGCUUACCAGGAGAAACCUUACCCCUCCCCCAAAACCAUUGAGGAGCUGGCCUCCAAGCUCAACCUGAAGACCAGCACGGUCAUCAACUGGUUCCACAACUACAGGUGUGUUGGUGUCUGGGUCUCGUAUCCGCAGGAGCUCUUCAUAGAGGAGAUUCAGGCAGCAGGGUCAGCGGCAGCAGCUAAAGCAGGGAGGGGGACAGCUGUGAUGGGACAGAGUCAGACGGCACAGUGGAGGGGCACCACGGGAGGCACAGAGGAGCCCCUGAGAACCAGGACAUGGAGGUCAGGGUUGAAGCCGGGUGUCAGGUGGAUCCCCUGCCCAGAGAAACUGCACUACCUCAGGCUCGGUCGGGCGGUCUCCAGCAGCAACGGGAACCUCUUCAGUCUACCUGAGGCAGGUCUCUCUCUCUCUCAGCCCCCUCCAGUCACACCUCAACCCCGGCUAGGAACCCCAGGGACAAUACCCUGCGCAGGAAGAAAAGCUGCCAACCUCGACAAUAUCAUCCACAGACUGGAGAAGGCUGCCGGCAAGGAAGACCCGUCUGAGUGGGAGUUCUGA